AGGCUGCUUUUGAGUCCCAGCUGAACCACCCCAGCGCAUUGCUGUAUGAGCUAACAAUGGGCUGUUAACACAGAUUUGUACCCUGCCAACUGAGCCAUCUAGCCAGUCCAAGGAAGUAGAGUUUCCUAAGCUUGGAACAGUACUAGAGAAUGUGAAAAUGGCAUGAAAAAGUUUAACACCCUUUUCCUCAGACCUGCAGGCUUUCCCUCAUGAAGCUGACCAAGGCUCUCUUCACACAUACCACACAAGACUCCUGUACAGUGUAAAAUGGAAGAUCAAAAGCAGGUUGGAAUCUUUUCUGAAAAAGUUUGGUAGGCAUUUGAACACUGUCACAUGCAGUGAACCAGGCACAUGGAGGACAGCUGACUCUACAGAACCAGGGACUUGGGUUUUGCCAUGGAACGAGUAUGGUUGCUGUUCCUUCUAGCGAUUAGAGUGAGUCCAGGGUCUGCUCAGUUCAACAGUUACAACUGUGAUGCCAACCUCCACAGCAGAUUUCCUGCGGAAAGAGACAUCAGUGUCUACUGUGGAGUGCAGGCCAUUACGAUGAAGAUUAAUUUUUGCACGGUCCUUUUCUCGGGAUAUUCAGAAACAGAUCUGGCACUGAAUGGAAGACAUGGGGAUUCCCACUGCAGGGGCUUCAUCAAUAACAACACCUUUCCAGCAGUGGUCAUUUUCAUCAUUAAUCUCAGCACCUUGGAGGGCUGUGGAAACAAUUUAGUGGUGUCCACAAUUCCUGGUGUUGGUGCUUCUGGAAAUGCUACCACAGUACAGAUAGGAAAUAUUUCUGGAUAUAUUGAUACUCCGGACCCUCCAGCAGUUAUCAGCUAUCUUCCUGGGCUUCUUUACAAAUUUAGUUGUAGUUAUCCGUUGGAAUACCUGGUUAAUAACACCCAGCUUGCUUCGUCCUCAGCUGCUAUUUCUGUGAGAGAGAACAAUGGGACAUUUGUCAGUACUUUGAACUUGCUCCUUUAUAACGAUUCAACCUACAGGGAGCAAUUAAUUAUCCCGAGUAUAGGAUUACCCUUGAAAACCAAAGUGUUUGCAGCUGUGCAAGCUACUAAUCUGGAUGGCAGAUGGAAUGUUUUAAUGGAUUAUUGCUACACAACCCCAUCUGGGAAUCCAAAUGAUGAUACUCGGUAUGAUCUCUUCCUUAGCUGUGACAAAGAUCCUCAGACCACUGUCAUCGAAAAUGGCAGAAGCCAGCGAGGCCGGUUUUCAUUUGAAGUCUUCCGUUUUGUGAAACACAAGAAUCAAAAGAUGUCCACUGUGUUCCUGCACUGCCUCACGAAACUCUGCAGAGCUGAUGACUGUCCUCUUCUCAUGCCAAUUUGUGGCAACAGAAAAAGGAGAGAUGCUCAGAGCUGGACAACGUGGGCCCCGCAGAGCACUUCUGGAAAUGCGGUCCUGUCUGCAGGACCCAUCAUCACCCGGAGCGAUGAGACUCCAACCAACAAUUCACAGCUUGGUUCGCUGAGUGUGCCUCCCUUUCAGCUGAAUGCCGUCACCAGCUCUCUGAUAUCAGGAAUGGUCAUUCUGGGAGUCCUGUGUUUCUCUCUCCUCUUGUGUUCACUGGCCCUUCUACACCGAAAGGGAUCUACCAGCUUGGUAUUGAAUGGUGUAAGAAAUCCUGUCUUUGAGUGACAGUGACUGGUCCUGCUCCAGAAGGAGGGUGUCACUGACCAUUCUGUGUGACUGUGGUCAGCAGUCCAUCUGAGUUCAAUGACAGCCACCCUUGAUAUUUUUUAGGUUAGGUUGAUAUCUUGUUGUAGCUCAUGAGUGUUAACCUAGGGAAAGACUUUUGAUAGUAUUGCUACUGCCACCUAUGUAAGUGGCCAACCCCACUUUCUUAUCAUCAAAGGGCACAUUGACAGUAAAUAAAAAUAUUGAGGACUUAGACCUUAAAAGGUCAGUCAUUUUUCACUUCAUUUGUAAUUUCUGUUGAUGGUUGGUAUUAGGGGUCAAUCUAGCUAUAGAGGAAAAAAAAAAGAAUUUGUUCCAUUUUUCUGUAAGCAGCAAAGCCCAAUGCAAUGGUUUUAAAUUAGUGUGUCUUGUCCAAAAAUGAAAGUUACCUUUUUAUUUUAAAUUCCAGGUAAUUCCAGCUUAAGGCUACAUUUUAAAGGGACAUUUGUGAGUUACCUACUAUUUCUACUGACCUACUGUGUCAUGGGUUGAUUUUUAAUCCUGAUGACAUUUGUUUCAAAAGGAAACACCAAAAAAACUACAAAUAUGCUUGGAAAAUCUAUUCACAUAACAAAUAGUUAAAGUGGUUUUUAAUGUUCAAAGGAUGCAUUGUGUGUUAGGAAAUUAUUCCUUUGGCUAGCAAUGGCUGUGAAGCUUCAUCCUGGUACAUAUGGGGCCAUCAGCACAGGGUAACUCACCUGCCAGUUAAACACUCAGCUUCCAUGUAGUCAAGGGCACUGUGCGAAGGGUGUUGCUAAUUCACAAGUGAUUACGUGAGCAGCAGACAUUGUCAGCACCAUAUAAGCAUGAUGCUCCCAUUCGGGUCCCCCAGCAGGCCAGAAUUCUUUUUAUCCUAGAACAAAGAGGAAAUACAGAGUAAGUGUUGUUUGUAGAACAUUUUAGAAGCCAACAUGAAAAAGAUGUUCCUUUGUUCAAGACUUUUUAUGAGAGGUAGGGAAAUGAAUGAUCCAAAGGGGCUUUCUUUAUAAGCCAUCACUUUUUUUAGAUGCUAUAAUCACUACACAAUGAACAGUAGCUUCACCUAGUACUAAACUCUGAGAGCAUUUAAUGCCUUAACAGCUUUGCCAAAAAAAAAAUAAUGUUUAAACCAAUUUUUAAACAAGUCACGUUCAACACAAAAGC